GGAGGGGUGACCCCAGUGCAGAGAGGAACCCAGGAAACUAGGGACAUGGCCUCAGUCCUGGACAUGUGGGAAGGGGAACAGAAUGAGGACAAUGAGAAUUUCUGAGGGAAAAAUAGCAGCUGUGAUGGAUGCGUGCAGGCAAAACCCCUGCCAACGUGCAAAGAGUUUGGCCUACACAAGCUACGGAGAAUACCAACCCCAUCUACUCCAGGGUAAAAUAUAUUCAGCAGGACUUCUGUGCCUUUCCUGGGACUGCCUCAGGAUGCUUCCUGUGAUUGGAUUUCUCAGGCUGUGUUUCCUCCUACAAGCCUUCUAAGCCAUUCUCCGCAUGGUUUCCAAGAUAGUGAGGGAAAUGGCAGGCAGGCAGGUUUUCCCUGCCCCAGGUGCUUCCCAGGGAAGAGCAAGAUGACAUGGAGGCACAGGCCAGUCUGAGGUCCCAGCAUCACUUGCAUCUUACCCCCUUACCAAGCAUAUGCAGGAACUGUGGGCAGUGCAGGGUAAGAAACCUUGCUUUAAAGCAUGACAUCGUAUUAGCUGUGAUUGCAGCAAUUUAAGCACCAAAGAAAUGCCAUCUGAAAAUGGGAUGGCACGUCUGUAACAUGGGAAUGGAUUCAGGCCAGAAGCACCUCUGCUGAAGUUUUUAUAAUAGGAUCCAAAAGUGAAGAAUUUAAGUUCAUAGAGACUCUUGGUAUUUUAAGGCCCCUGGAUAGGCGACUCCAUAUUUUGGAGUGCUGUGCACUCAGCUACCUCCACUGAGUUACUGGAUAAAACCCAUUAAAAAAUCCAGGGCUACCUGAGAGCAGUGUAUCACAGAUCCUGUUGGUGCUGGCCUCUCCAGCCUUUGGAGGUUGGAGAGCUGAUCGAGGAGGUGAGGUUCAAGGGGGUUACGGGUUGCCCAUAGCAGAAUCCACUGAAUCACAAUAGAACUGUUACUUGUUUUACUUGGAAAUAAAGCACAGCAGUGGCUGAGGCCACUUGGUGGCUAAAAAUCACAACAAAUUGUUCAGCAGGAAGAGGUGGAGUGAGCAAGAGCCAAGGCUUUUUUUGAGGAGCAUCUCUUCUGGCUUGAGGGUGCAAAUGGAUGAGUAACAUUUCCGUGCCAAUUCAGGAUUAAAUUAUCUUUGUGUCAAGGCCUGCAUGCCUUGCUGGACUCAAGGCCAUCUCUGAUGUGGCGCAGCCCUGGGGCCUUGGGUCAGCCUGCUGCAAGAAGGAGCUGUGAGAAGUGCCCUGGCCCCCUUCACUGGGGAGCAGCAUUUAGCUCAGGCCCUCACCCUUGUCCCCUGCCUGAGCUACAUUGCAGCUGUGUCCAAGCGCAGCCUUGCACCUGACUGCCACCACCAAGGCCCCCAGCUCAGCUUCAGAGCCACCUCAUCCCCAUGGCUGUGCCUGGUGUGCCUGGGCCCACAGUGAGCCCAGUCAUUAUCCCUGGCCUGGCUCUGCUUGCCAGCUCCACGCACUAUGGGACAGGCCUGGGGGAAGGCUCCUGCCGUGCUGCCACCAGCGGCUCCCGUUCCCCAGUCUUGCUGGGUGUGUCCUGCAUGCUGUGCCCCAAUGCUUCCCUCUCCCUCCUCACUGCCCCCAGCAUGUCCUCACCCUGCGCUGCCCCUGCUCUGCACCGAGUGUUGUACAGCUGCGCAGUGAACUAGAUUGCAGACCAGGUCCAACUGGAACAUAACUUUUCUCCCUGCCCUGCAUUACUUUUUUAAGUGAAAUCCAUUUUCCCGGUCUGUUUUUCUAGGCAUCUAGCCAUCCUAAGUGGAGUGGACAGUUUAUGGAGGGGAUGGAAGGGGGGGGCAGGAAGGAGGACUAAAGGCUAGGGUCACUUAUGUGGGUAGCACUGUUUAUGAGAUGCUACUGUAUCAAACAGAGGCUUCUGUAAAGCAGGACCUACCUCAUGCUUUUGUCAAGGACAGGAGAAAAUGCAUGAGGAGAGCCAUGUGCCAUGGCGAAGCCCAGCCACAGUUUUGCUCAGUGCCCAAUUUUUUGGGUCACACAACAGUUGUAAUGCUGGAGGAUGGAAAGAUUGUAUAGUACCUGCAAGCUGGUGUGGCAGGAAGGAAAAAUGCCAACCCAUCUAUGCCCCAUUAGGUUAUUUCUUAAGAAAAUUCUACCUACUUAGGGGCAAAGCUAGGUGCUGUUCACACUGCAGGUUGACUACGCUUUUAUUAGUGAGCAGUACAGCCUAUCUUGUCUAAACAAAUGCCUGCACAUACUUCUUUUGCACCUCCGACUCUCAGGCUUUGGAAAGGAACCUCUUCCUUUAGUGGUGACCAGCUGGAUUUCUACACCCAAGGAAAUAGGGUAAACAGCCAGUAUGCGUGCGCAGAGUGUCUCUGUACUUCAUGCAAAUUAAUAUGUACCAAAUAGUUCAGAUCCACUGGGAAAACGAAGGGAAGCCAAUGUGCUUGUUCAUGGUGGGACUGAUGCAUUUUGGACACAUCUGGAUUUGUGAAUUUGCUGAUCAGUUCCAUGGGGCAAGUGCAGUGGUCUGACCUGCAAAGGUGUGGGAGAUGCAUGUGCCUUGGAUUCCUUCCAGUUUUCUCAUAGGAAAUCUUAACAGAUUUGUUCCUUCUCUCACCUAUCUCUAGAGCAUAGCUCUCCCUAUAAGCACUAGUAGUGAAAAGACCAGCAAGGGAGACACAUUAGGCACACUGAAAGUGUGACUGUGUGGGUUACACAAACAAAUAGUGCACUCUUCUGAACUGAAUGGGUGCAAAUGACUUUUUCAAGGCAGUAAUAAAAAUGUGAUAGUAGUAAAAACUAAAUCAUUUCUGAUUUUUGGGCUGUAACAGGUUUGUCUCUGCUAGCGUACCUCACAUGAAGAACCUUACCAAGCUUAGGCCAUUUAUGAAAUGUGCCACUUCUCAGGGCAGUGGGGUCUAACCACAGGCAAUUAAUUUUUUAACUUUUUUUGGUUAGAUUUAAAUUAUGCGGAGGAUAUAUGUUCUCGUAAACUCUGUAUUUUUGACAAAUUACUUUUACCAUUUUUUGACUGGAAUAGUUUUUACAUUUAACAUGUUAAACAGGUAAAGAAUAUAUUUAAUAGCGAGUAAAAUCUUUUUUUCUUUUCCAGUUUACCCCUAUAAUUCAGAACAGUCAGCAGGUACUGUGACCCAACUCACUUUCCCAUUCAGAUUGACUAGUAGGGGUUUUGACCCCACGUUCUUACAGCAAUAUGGCUUCAUCUGAGGGGCAAAGAAAGGCCAAAAGCCAAAGAAGGCCAUCCUGCUCUGAAUUAUCUGCUGGGCCUUCCCAGAACAUUGCUAACCCCUUUUUUUCUGAAAUCAUACCAACCCUCACCAUGUUGCUUCAAUUGCUUUGAAAAAGCCACUUUGAUUAUUAAAAUUCAUGUGAGGGAAAAAUAUGGGAGGAGAAAACAUGAACUUCUCCCUUCUUGCUACACUAAAAUAAGGAAUGUUUGAAAAACUGACCAUCUCCUCUAGAAGAGAAUCCAUCUGAGGGAUGGAUCUGUGGUCAUGAAAGAUCUCUCCUUUCAUGCACCCAGAAAUAAACCCUGAGUGUUACAUCCCUUCCAAUCCCAGUGAGAUGAGUAUUGUGAAAUUUCCUGUGCAAGGAGUUUUCCAGAUGAUACGUUAAAAGCAGAUGCUCUCUCCACUGUGCACAGGUAUUAAAUCCUCUGUAAUACCUUCUUGUGAGAGCAAGGAAUUUUCCAAGUGCUGUAUCAUUCCCUUUGCCUUACCUUGUUUUUACGGCUGGCUGGCUGGUUCCCUCCAGUUUUGACUUUCUGGCCUAAGGUCACUACAGUUCAGUCAGCGGAAUCCUGCAGGGUAAGAACUGCAAUGUAACUGUUUAGAUAAAAUACAGGGCAGUGCAAGUCUGAUGUGUAAUAAAGAACUUUAGAUUUGGAGUGUGCUCUUGUUUUUUUGGUUUUUUUUUGUUUUUUUUCCUUCCCUUCAUUUUAAUAGAGCUUAAACACACACAGAAUGGCAAGAUAAGAUUAGAUACCCAUGAGCCGCAUUGUUAUUAUAUGCCUAUGCUGAGAUGUUCCUGGCUUGCUUGUAUGGAAUGAAAAUAUGACAAAGAUGUCACUGCAAGCUCCAGCCAGCCUGCUGUGGACUAGUUUAUCCUCUACUCAUAACUCAGCCACAGACAAAGCAUGAAAAACCACGCCAAAACUCCUGCUAUCUUCAAGUGCCCUGGACAAGACUGGCUCUGUGCAGGCCUGCUCUACCAUCCACAUAAGACUGGUGUUUGCUAAAGAGCUGAUAACCUCUCUAGACAUGGAGGCUAGAAGUGGACACUUUCUUUCUGAAAACUAGAGUCAUUCCAAAUAGUACUUCUGGGGAUGGUGGUGGUGGUGUUAAAUAUUUGAGAAUUUGGAUAAAAUUUAGCUAAUAGCUUUGCCUUAUUAAAAAAAAAAAAGGUUCAAAGUUCCCAGACUUUCCAUAUAGUUUUUUUCUGCAGAAAAUGUUUCCUUAAAAAAGUCUCCAAACAAAAUAUUUUAUUUCAAAAUGAGCUUCCCUCCCUCCAAACACACAUACAAAUCUCUUUUUCAGUUUAGGUUGAAAAGAUCUUACAUUCCCAUUUCUUUCAGUUCGGGUCACUGAAAACAAGAAUCUUAUUUCUAAAUGUGGUUUUACUUCAAGCAUGUGCUGCUUCACAGGCUGCUUCAGAAGGCAGCUAAGAAGAGAUGUCUGGGUUAUUCUGUAACUGGAAUGCACAGAAAACGCAAUUCUUACUGAGGUUAGGAUUAUUUACAGCUUCUUUAAGAGAGACCUGCAUAAUCUAUGUCACAUCAGAUAGCUCAUGAGAUUUUUCUGCAAGGGAUUACCUCUGGCAAUGUUUUCCAGAGAUUUCAUUUAUUGCAAAAAGAGCAAAGGUAACAUAAUUCCUGUGCUAAUACUUAUAAUUGUCAUGUCUUUGAAAGGUUUAAUUCCAAAGUAAGCAUUCCAAUCCACAUUAUUGUCACUUGAUUGCCUGAAUAGCUGUGAACGGUGUUCAUGACAGUGUUGUGGGUAAGCAUGGCCGCAGUCCAGGCCAGGUGUCUAUGCACUGCGCCAGCUGCAGGAAGGAGCAGGGAAGGGAGGGUCCCACAUUCCCCAGGGGCUCACUGUCUUCAGAUAAAUCUGCACCCAUAUAGUUUUAUAAUUGCACCAGCCAGCGUUUGGGAAUCACUGUAGAGCUGCAGAUGUUUGCUGCUCUUGGAUGACUUAAUAAUAAAACAGUCGCGUGAAGAAUCAGAGUUACCAUGAGAAAAAGAUAGAUAUGUAGGGCUGAAGACUAACCCUAGGUUCCCGAAGGACAUAGAGAGUCCACAUCAAGCAGCAUCUAAUUCUGUAUUUCAUUUAUAGUAUUACUUAGGCCUGAUUCAGCAAAGCACAUGCUGACCUAAACUAGAGCUGGAUUUAGGCAGCAGUUUAAGUAUGAGGCCUGAAAUGAGAUCAGAAGUGAAAUUCUGAAAACCUCCCAACAUUGACGGGGGAUGGGAUGAGAGCACUUGCAAAGAUAAGCGUAAUUAAAAUUGAACAAUAAAUUGCUUAUCUUAUUUAUAUCCCAAUCAUUUAGGCUUGGAAAGCAAUCAGAUGCUGGGCAUAAUCAGGUACAGGGCAGGACCCAAUCAGCACCUCUCCACAGAGCGCUCUACUGCUGCUCAUUGGCGUUCUCUGUCACAAGGUUGCAUAUAAGUUCAGAGCUGAAGCACAGGGAAGGUACUCGGCUAAUACACUGAAAGUGGAUACCCCAGCAGCCAGAGCGAAUCAAGAAACCACCUAGAAAGCAGUGCCCUGCCCUCAAGGAGCUCCCACCGUGCUGCUUUAGAGAAGACGCUGCAAGCAAGUGUAGCCAGUAAGCAAGCAGAAGAAGGAUGGCAGAAAUGGAGCUGACCAAGGCAUCCCUUCUCAUGAAUGGCAAUUGUGUGGGAAAUCAGGAAAGGAAAAAUGACAGCACAUGGAUUCUUCCCAACUUGCCCAGUAAGUGCACAUGGACAGCUGCAACACCUGCCACCAAGUCUCCACACUCCUGUAUACCCUUACCAGAAGAAACAAAGAUCUUGCCCAACAUCCUGAAGAAAAUUGGCUGCACCCCAAUGGUCCGAGUCAACAAGAUUGGGAAGUCCUAUGGGCUGAAGUGUGAGCUCUUGGCAAAAUGUGAGUUCUUCAACGCUGGGGGCAGUGUGAAGGAUCGUGUCAGCCUGAGGAUGGUGGAAGAUGCAGAAAGAGCCGGAAUUAUAAAGCCUGGAGACACACUGAUUGAACCCACAUCAGGAAACACAGGAAUCGGUCUGGCACUGGUAGCUGCAGUGAAAGGUUACCGCUGCAUCGUUGUCUUGCCGGAGAAAAUGAGCAUGGAAAAGGUCGAUAUUCUGAAGGCGCUGGGUGUUGAAAUUGUGAGGACCCCAUGCACCCGCUUUGAUGCCCCCGAGUCUAACAUUCGUGUUGCCUGGAAGCUGAAAAAUGAAAUCCCAAACUCUCACAUCCUGGACCAGUACCGAAAUCCAAGCAACCCCCUGGCUCACUACGACACCACAGCUGAAGAGAUCCUGGAGCAGUGUGAAGGCAAAGUCCACAUGGUGGUGAUGGGAUCUGGCACAGGAGGCACUGUCACUGGUGUUGCCAGGAAGCUGAAGGAGAAGUGCCCAGAGUGCAAAAUCAUUGGCGUAGAUCCUGAUGGCUCCAUUGUCGCUCUGCCCAGUGAGCUGAACAGGACAAACACCACAACCAUAGAGGUGGAGGGUAUCGGACAUGACUUUAUCCCUACUGUCCUUGACAGAUCAGUGGUUGAUCAGUGGUACAAAUGCAAUGACAAAGACUCGUUCCUCAUGUCUCGCAGGCUGCUUAGAGAGGAGGGAUUAUUGUGUGGUGGCAGCUCAGGCAGCGCCAUGUCUGUGGCUGUGAGGGCCGCCAGGGACCUGAAGGAAGGGCAGCGCUGUGUCGUCAUCCUGCCCGACUCCGUCAGGAACUACAUGUCCAAAUUUGUGAAUGAUAAGUGGAUGAUUAAAAAAGGAUUCCUGAAUGAUGUCCACGAGCACAAGCCUUGGUGGUGGAAUAUCAGGGUGCAGAAACUGAAUCUCUCAGCCCCUCUAAUUCUUCUCCCGGAAGUCAGCUGUCAAAAGGCAAUUGAAAUCUUGCAGGAAAAGGGAUAUGACCAGGCUCCCGUUGUUGCUGAAUCAGGACUUAUUUUAGGAAUGGUGACACUCAGCAACAUCCUCUCCUCCGUGCUGGCUGGAAACGCACAGUUCUCAGACCCUGUCAUGAAGGUCAUCUACGACCAGUUCUCAAAGAUCAGCCUGGAUGACAGCCUUGGGAAGCUUUCCUGUAUCCUGGAGAAUGACCAUUUUGCUAUUGUUGUACAUGAGCAGAUGCAGUUCAGUGGAGAUGGCAGUUCCUUCAUGAAGCAGAUGGUGUUUGGUGUGGUCACAGCCAUGGACCUCCUCACCUUUGUCAGCAGAAGUGAAAAGAAGCAGAAAUGCAGCUUGGCCGCGCAGAAAUACGUUUCUCCGGCAGGGUCAGUUGCUCCUCCCAAACCUGAAACAAGUAACUGAAGAUAUUCUGUGCUCGGAUCCAGCUGAUAGUUUCUUGGAAUGACUAGGUUAAAAUUGUAAUGUAAUAGCCAUUUGUCCACUAAAUGCCAUCCAGAAUAACACUAAAAAGAAGAUGACUAAAGAAAUUAUGUUUAAUAGCAAUAUGUGGUUACACGGAGCUACUCAAGACUGAAGCAGUAACGUAGCGUGAGUAGAAAUAUGAAGGGAAUCAUUCUCAUUGCUCAGAUUUCAUCAGAAGUGGGUUUUGUUGUGUUUGUUACCAGUAGCCAGCUACACAGCACCAGUGUUACCAGCUGCUGUGGGGCACAUUGGUUUCACCGGGCUGGAGCCUGCCUCCGUGAUGAGAGAAGUUCAGGGGCUCUUGAGACCCACAGGCAGGCUCGGGGCAUGGGUGGGAGCGAAACAUGUUCCUGUGGAUCCAACUGCGCCCCUCCACUCCUCACAGGGAGGACAAACUGGGUGACUAGGCUGCAGGCACUGCUCUCCCCCUGCCUGUGCUCUCCAGUGAAUCACCCUGCUCUUGCUGGAGAGCUUUCAUCUCACCUCAGUCUCCUUUCUGGGGACAAGGGAAGAGAGGGAGAGGGGCUAUAGCUAUAUCACAAUUUUCUGUAAUAUUCAUUUCAUGAAUAUUCACCAUGAGAGCUCAUUACUGAGGGCGGGGGGGAGAAGGAGAGGUUGAUCUUGUUUUUGCUGUUGGAGUAUUAUGUUCUAAGAGCUGAUAAUGAAGGUCGGAAGAGCUAUUUACCAUGGCUACAAGAUCAUGAAUGAAAUCAAAUGUGAAACAAGUGAUGUGGGAACAAACUGAAUCAUCUCUGAAAUCGUUUGGGGGAGUCACUUUCAAAACAUGCUAAGAGCUUUGCAGGCUUUGCAUAAGUCUUCGGAAGUGCUCCAAGGGGAGAACAACCAGGUCUGAUUUUGGCUUGUUGCUAAGUGGCUAGUCCAUAUUUUCAGUCUAAUCUAGUUUUGUACAAGAUUUGUAUUAAAUUAUAGAAUGCUAAACUAUUUAUAUUUAGGAAUAGUGUCUCUGCCGUCUUUUGUUUCCUGAGUUACAUAAACUAUAUCAGAUCUUCUGCAAGUUUUUGCUUGAAUAAUAACUGUAUCUGUCCAGAAGAGUAAAUACUGAUUCAAUCAA